AUGCCUGCUGCUGUACAAACCCCGCGCAAUCGCGACCGCGCUCCGCCCGCGAAGAAACCCCGGCUUGCGCAAUCGCCCACAACUGCCCGCCCGCACGGUCUCAAGGCGAUGCUCAAUGGUAGCUCUGCGAAGCCAGUAGCAACAACAAAUGGCCGACAGAGAAUGCGCGUGCAGAGCGAGUUGACGACGCCACUGCUGUUGUGGCAGGGCCCGGGCGAUGUCGACGUCAUCGAAAUCAGCAGCGCCGAGGAAAGAAAGCGAGCAGGUGCUGGAGCAGGGAUGCACCCUGCUGCAAACGGAGCCGCAGACGACGACCAACGCCGGCAGAAGUCAGAGGACAUUACCUUUGGCGACCGGUUACGCGCAGAAGGCCCUGAGCCCGUUCACGAGUCCCGCGUCAUCAGCGUCGAGGAUGCCUUCGAUGCCAACCCCGAGCGCACAGUAGCUGCCCAGAAAAGCCGCCCACUAGCACCACCCAACGCGAAUUCACUCGGCACUGUGUUAACCCAAGCCCUGCGCACAAACGACAAGGAGCUUCUGGACUCUUGUCUUCAGGUUGUAGAUGUCGAGUCGGUAUACGCUACCGUCGAGCGAUUGCCCUCGCCGCUGGUUGGCACACUACUGCAAAGACUGGCUGAGCGGCUACACCGAAGCCCAGGCCGGGCGGGCAUGUUGAUGGCCUGGGUGCAAUGGUCACUUGCUGCACAUGGAGGCUAUUUGGCGUCUCAGCCGCAAAUCGUGAAGCAACUCACCGCACUCAACAAGGUCUUGAAAGAACGCUCGAGCGGUCUAAUGCCUCUCAUGUCACUCAAGGGUCGUCUGGACAUGCUCCAAGCCCAGCUUGAUCUGAGGAAACGAAACCAAGCCGCCAACGACGAUGCCGACGAAGCACUGGUCUACGUCGAGGGCCAGGACGAUUACGUCUCCGAUGAUGAGUCGGUCGAUGGUACCACUGCACCCCAGAAGAGAUUGCGUCAGGACGUGGAUGAGGAUGAUGACAACUCGUCGGAAGACAUGGGCUUGAACGUGGAGAUGGAUGAUGUGUCAGACGAGGGCAGCGAAGGCUCUGAUGAAGAUUUGAUCGACGACGAAGCAGAGGAGACUGACGAUGAUGAGGGCGAGGACAUGUCAGACCCCAUGAGCGAGGAUCUUGACGCUGGAGCUUCCGAAAGCGAGGACGAAUCGAAACCAGAGCGACGAUCCACAGCAGCAAGGGCUGGACUUAAGAGCCGGCGUUAA